GCUGUGGUGGCUUCACUGUGUAUGGGACUCGGGCUCUGCUCAAAAAAAACCGUGCGUCGCUCGCUGCUGCGCUUAGUAUAGAUUUUCUGCUCCGAUUGUAAAAGAAGUACAAACUAAGUAUAUUUAUCGUAGAAAAGUCGCGCGCUCGCCACUCACACACAGUAACAAAUACUGCCAACCCUCGAAAGUCGCCGUCGAAGUCGUUGCCGUCGUCGUCGUUGUCGCUGCUGCUGCAAAAACAAGUGUGUGUUUGUGUGAAAAAUAAAAUAAUGUUCGCACGCAGCGGUUUGAGCGCAUUAGCUGCGCUGGUGCUGCUCUGCUGCUGCUGCUCGUUUGCAGCUGCUGCCGAUUUGGCGGACAAAUUGCGCGAUGAUUCGGAACUUUCUCAGAGCACUGCCAAAUCCUUCAGGCGCCUUAUGCCAGUUAGGUUCUAUAGUCUGCUCGAGCAGAAUCCGGUUGCCAAUUCGACGCUAUCGCUGCGAUCGUGCACGAUCUUUGUGCCGACUAACGAAGCCUUCCAGCGCCACAAGGGUCCCACACAUGUCCUCUACCACAUCACGACCGCUGCGUUCAGCAAAGACCAACUGGAAAAGGCCGUGUCAUCGGACAUGGAUGGCAAUCCGCCGCUGUACAUCACAAAGAAUCGCAACGGCGACAUCUAUGUGAACAAUGCACGCAUCAUUCCCUCGCUCAGCGUCGAGCUGACCAAUCGCGAGGGCAAGCGACAGGUCAUGCACAUAAUCGACGAGGUGCUGGAGCCGCUGACUGCACUGCCCAGUGCCAAGGCCGAGAUUAACAAUUUGGAUGCACUGCAAUUCAUACAGAAGGCCGAUCAACUCAACUUGGGCGAUAACAAAUUGCGCACCUAUCGCUCACAGAUGACGCUAAUGAAGAAGGAAACGCUUUAUCAGGCGCCCGGAGCGCACACUUUCCUCUUGCCCGUCGAUGAGGGUUUCAAGCUCUCGACGCGCAGCAGCUUAGUCGAUGGCAAGGUCAUCGACGGGCAUGUGAUACCGAACACUGUCAUUUUCACUGCCGCCUCGCAGCACGAUGAACCCAAGACUUCCGCUGCCUUUGAGGAUCAACUCAAGGUCACAGUGAGCUUCUUCAAGCAAAAGGACGGAAAAAUGCAUGUGAAAUCGAAUACAAUCAUUGGUGAUGCCAAGCAUCCACAGGGCGUCGUCCUCGCCGAGAUUGUCCGGGCCAAUAUACCCGUGAAGAACGGUGUCGUCCAUCUGAUCCAUCGCCCGCUGAUGAUCAUCGAUACGACAGUCACACAGUUUUUACAGUCGUUCAAGUUUCUGAACGAUAACGGAGAGAAUGGAGCACUGCGCAAGUUCUACGAGGUUAUUAUGGACGCCGGUGGCGCAGUGCUGGAAGGCAUUAACAAUCUGUCCGAGGUGACCAUUUUGGCGCCCAGCAACGAGGCAUGGAACAUUUCGUCUAUUGACAAUAUUAUUAGGGAUCGCAAGAGGAUGACUGAUAUUCUAAAUAUGCACAUCAUCAAGGAUCGCUUGAACGUCGAGAAGAUCAGAGAAAAGAAUGCAAACAUGAUCGCUCAGGUGCCGACGGUAAAUAAUAGAACUUUCCUGUACUUCAAUGUCAAAGGCGAGGGCACCGAUGCAGUCGUUACUGUUGAAGGUGGUGGCGUGAAUGCCACUGUGCUGCAGGCUGAUGUUGCUCAAACCAAUGGAUUUGUGCACAUCAUUGACCGUGUGCUGGGCGUGCCACAUACUACUGUGCUGGGCAAGUUGGAAUCCGAUCCAAUGAUGAGCGACACAUAUAAAAUGGGCGAAUUCUCGCACUUUAACGAUCAGCUGAACAAUACUCAGCGACGAUACACCUUCUUCGUGCCCCGCGACAAGGGCUGGCAGAAGACUGAAGUGGAUUACCCCUCGGCGCACAAGAAGCUCUUCAUGCGUGACUUUUCCUAUCAUUCCAAGAACCUUUUGGAGCGUCAUCUGGUAAUUGCGGAUCAUGUGUUCACCAUGAAGGAUCUGGCGCAAAUGUCGCUCACUACCGACAAUGUUGUGCUGCCCACAUUCCGUGACUCACUCAAAGUGAGGGUCGAGGAGGAGGCUGGACAUCUACAUGAUGAGUAUGCUAGUCACGAAUGGACUGGAUAUGUGCUGUUGUGGAAUUACAAGAAGAUCAAUGUCUACCGGCCGGAUGUGGAGUGCACCAAUGGCAUUAUACAUGUCAUCGACUAUCCGCUGCUGGAGGAGAAAGACAUUGUUGUCAGCGGAGGUUAGAUAUUGUAACUAGCGUGUGUGUGUGUGUGCGAUCACUACAACAAGAUCAGCGCGACACAAAAUCUGCUACUACCUAUAUAUAUAUAUAUAUAUAUAUAUAUAGAUAUAUAUAUAUAUGUAACACAUGUAUUGUCAAAGAAAAAGAAGAAAAACGAAAGAAAUACAGUAAAGUAUCAGCCUAAACGUACAUGCAACCAACCAACAAAUCAACCUACCAGUCAACCCCCAAAAACCACCCAAAUACAUUUAUAUAAAUUGUAGCGAAAUUGUGUAGUGGCCAAUAUUGCGGUACUCCAUAUCGACAGAUCGAUUGAUUGAUUGAUCUUCAUUGAUUGAGCCUAAUCCUAAUUCAAUUUAUCUUUAGUAGGCGGCGUGGUCGCUGCAGCAUCGUUGCUUGUUUUGUAAUCAGUUUAGUUUUAGUUGCAACGCUGCAUUAGCUAAAUAAAUAAUGAAAAUGAUAAUGAAUAUGAACACUAAAAUGAAAAGAAUACGCUAAAUGAAAUUGUACCCGUAAGCUUUAAGGAUUCUAUCGGAAUAUGGAGGAGGGAUUUGUAUGUCGUAGUCAGUAGUUACACGUUAUUCAAUAAUUAUCGUGUAACUAGUGCCUUACUAAAGAUAAACGCAUUACCUUAACCCUUAUACAAAUUUACUCAUCAUGAAACUAAACUAAACAAAAGAAAACUAAACCAAAUACACAGCAGCUAAUGGAAAGUGCAAAAUGGCAAAAAACGUUUAUCGCUAGCGAAUCAAGUCAAGUCAAGUUCUUCUUCUGCCGCGUAAAUUACGUAUAAACAUUACGAAUAUAAGAGAUUAUAUUUACAUUAAAUACAUACAUACGAGCAAAUGUAGCCACUUCUGCUUAUAAAUGUACACAAUUAAAUGAUAUACUUAUUAUUAAGCCACAUGCUAUUUACACCAAAAAAAAAAUGAGACAGAUCAAUAAAUGCAUAUUUUUUCAGCAAUUCAAUUAAAUAUCAAUAAACUAUUUAUGUAUGUAUGUAUAAUGGAUAAUAAUAAAUGUCCAGUGCGGUAAUAAUAAAACAUAUAUAUAUAUAUGUAUGUCUCCAAAUAUGUAUGCAUAUAUAUACAUAUAUGUAAUAUGUAUUUAGUAAUUGAGUUUCCAAAACGAGCGUUAAGCAACAACAAAAACAAUACAUUUAAAUAACAAUAAUUAUAUGCAUACACAUACAUACCGACACACAUACAUACAUAUAUACCAAGCUUAAGCUACGGUCAACAGCAGUGCAAACGAAUAAUAAUAUUUUAUGACAAGCGCUUUUUACAAUAAAUACAAUUCAUAUUAACUAUGUAUUCGUGAAUAAAACAAAAGAUACUAAUUUUGUCUAGCAUUAGUUAAAGAAUUCAAAUAUAAAAUGUAUUAGAAAACAUAAUGUCAACCAACAACAAGCUUGAGCGAAUAAAUCCCCUAAAAUAUACACACAGAAAA